AACGAACAUCCGCACCUAUUCGCAGUGUCACGAUUGUUGGCCCACUAAAACGUAAUAAGAUUGAGGUUUGCCUAUUAGAUAUAAUGAAAUCAAGCAAAUAAAGAGUAGCAUCAAACCAUUCGUUCAAGCAUCUGAAUACAGUACACAAGAUAAACUAGUUAUAUUUUGGAAGUGAAAAUGACUUUCUGGCAAAAUAAAAUAACAAAGCUAUUAGUGUAAUUCAAGAAUAUACAAAAAAUACUGCUACAUACAAUAUACAUCAUUGUAAAAUUAAUAGACAUUUAUAUAAGAGGAAAACGAAGUUUUGUGAGUAUACAAUAUCCACGUGCCGACUGAUCAAUACAACAGUCGGGACGGCGACCGGCUGUCGCAGCCCAGCAUAUCACCCCUAAACACAGCUGAUUCCCCCACGGCCCGUUCGUUCACCCCUCACCCCGCACCCUUGUGUGCCCUCUACUACUUUCGAUGUCGUCGGCAACAUUCGGAACAGAUUUCUGAACUCCCCUAACAAAUUCGCGAUAGGAAAUUAGUAAUAUCCCUUAAAUUUUACAUCACCGUACGUAACAUAUAAAUACUCAUUCCUUUAUUCUCUCGAUGGCUACGAAGCACAAAUUCAACAAAUGUCAAUGUUAUGAUAAUGUACAUUAUCGAAAAUGUAUUCACGAAAAGGUUACGCCCCAAAUUCCAAAGACUUGAACUAUAAAUCAGGCAACAGUUCAGAAUUUCAAGAAGGAUAUACUGAACAACAACAGCAACAAUACACGAAUCACUUAAAGCAACUAAAAACUGAGUUCGAGCAACGUUGGCGGAAAACUCCCAAAUUUCCUAUUGCCUUUUCCGAAUUAGAUCGUGUAAAAACAUUAGGCACAGGUGCUUUUGGGAGAGUAGUUUUAAUGAAACACACAAAAAGUGGAAAACUAUUCGCAAUGAAAGUACUGGAAAAAGAAAAGAUUAUAAAAAUGAAGCAAGUGGAUCAUACUUUAUAUGAGAAGCGUAUUUUAGAAGCAAUAAGGUUUCCUUUUACGGUAUCUAUGGAAUUCAGUUUCAAGGAUAACAGUUACAUUUAUUUCAUAAUGCCGUUCGUGCCAGGCGGUGAAAUGUUCACCCAUCUUCGUCGAAUGGGAAAGUUCGAAGAGCCGCUAUCAAAAUUCUACGCCAGCCAAGUACUACUAGCAUUGGAAUACUUACAUUUUUGCAAUUUAGUAUAUCGAGAUCUCAAACCUGAAAACAUAUUAAUUGACAGAAAUGGUUACUUAAAAAUAACUGAUUUCGGCUUUUGUAAGAUUUUACAAGGAAGGACUUGGACAUUAUGUGGGACUCCUGAGUACUUAGCUCCAGAAUUAAUUCUUAGUAAAGGUUACGGAUUUUCAGUGGAUUGGUGGUCGUUUGGCGUUCUUUUGUACGAGAUGAAUGCGGGAUACCCUCCAUUUUACGCAAACGAACCAAUGAAAACUUAUGAAAAGAUCGUGGCUGGAAAAUACAGGUGCCCCUCGAGUUUCAACGCGGAUUUGAGGGACCUCGUUCGAAACGUGCUUCAGGUGGAUAUUAGCAAACGUUACGGUGUAAUGAAAAACGGGGUGAUGGAUUACAAAAAUCACAAAUGGUUUAGAGGGAUCGUGUGGGAUGCAAUAUUAAACUGCCGAAUUCCACCUCCCUUCGUUCCAAAGUAUAAAAAUCCAGGUGACACUAGUAAUUUUGAGCGCUACGACGAAGAACCAAUAGUACCAACGUCUUAUUGUCGUUACGAAUCUGAAUUUUUAGAAUUCUAAAUAGUACUGCUUUUAACAAACAGCAAACAUGUAAUUUAAUAAAAAUAAAAUGAUAAAUUUAUGCUUGUAAUUAAAUAUAAGGCUGACAUAUAAUGUUUACAUGUCCUGGUUUCUCUUGUGGUAUUUCUUUUAACAUAUUUUGCAAUAAAAAAGGGGAUCUUCAUGUGCCUGUUCACCAUCAUGUGUGCUGUUUUGAAUUCGUAAUUGAGCACGUGCAUGAAGCUCUCCCCACGAUGCGCCGGCGCAGGGAACCAUAAUGACAAGCGACAGAGAGCACGCGACGAAAUGUUUCUUAUUUUUAGAUUAGAUACAAGAAUAAGGAUAAUCUUUUUUGGAUUUGUUUAAUUUGACGUCUGGAAAUAACAUUUCAGUAAGAUUAUUAGUAAGUAGCUUCUACUGAAGAACAAUUAGUAAUUAGCCGUGAAGUGUGG